AUGUCAAGUCAUGGCGUACCCAGAACCGAACGCGACCGGAGUCCCGAGCAGCUGAAGAAAGAAAUCGAAAAAAUCAACAAAUACAGAGCUCUCGACAGCCAGUUGCGCAUUCAGACUUCGGAGUCACGGUUCGAUUCGGCUACCUUGGAGCUGACUACGAAGCUCCUACGCAUUAAUCCCGAAUAUUAUACGGCGUGGAAUACGAGGAGACGCUGUUUAAUUUUUGGACCAUUGGAAAAGAAGAACAAGGAAUCGCUGCCGCAAUGCGCCUUGGAGCGUCACGAAACGAGCGAAGGGCUCAUAGAUGCGCCUCAAUCUUUACUACAGAACAACUCGAGCGAGACCGAAACGAAACGUAACCGAACUGCCACAAGCGAGCGUAACGCAGCUCCGAGAGAAAAACAGAAAGAUGGAAAUGAAGUCAAUAUUAGCCAAUGCUCCGAAACUGUCCGAGACGAGCUAAUAUUCACCGUACCGCUGUUAAUGGCGCACCCAAAGUGCUACUGGAUAUGGAACUAUAGAAUGUGGGUAUUGGAGCAGACUACGUCUCUGCUGUUUGUUGAGGUAGCCAAGUCUGUUUGGCAGGAAGAGCUUGAGCUGGUCGGCAAGAUGCUGGAUCGGGACCGAAGAAAUUACCAUGCUUGGGCUUAUCGACGCUACGUUGUAUCUCAUCUAGAGUCCGCCGAGCUUGAAGGGCGGAGCAUGGCCGAAUCAGAGUUCGCGUAUACGACCAAAAUGAUCAAGGGCGAUCUAUCGAAUUUUUCGGCGUGGCACAACCGCGCCCAACUCAUCCCGAGGCUUCUUGUGGAGCGAGAAGCAGAUGAUUCGUCGCGCAGGGCAUUUCUAGAUCAGGAAUUGACCACUGUGGAUAGUGGGUUAAAUGUUGGUCCAGAGGAUCAAUCGUUAUGGUACUACCAUCAGUACCUUAUCUGGAGCGUCGCUGAGCAGCCUUCAAAUCUGUUGAUUGUACCAGGGAUGGCUCUUGAAGACCGAGUCAAUUUGAUCACUCGCGAAAUUGACUUCAUCAAAGACCUCCUGGACGAUUAUAAAGACGUGAAGUGGAUUUUCGAAAUGCUACUCGAGUAUACACUGCUCAUCUCUAAACUUCGCAACAAGUCAUUGGAUGCUGAGCAAAAGUGUGAGCUUGAAGGCUGGGUAUUGAGAAUAAAGAAGCUUGAUCCCCAGCGGUCCAAUCGUUGGGAGGAAUUAACAACGAAGCUCAAGACCUCUCCGUGA